GUAAAUACAGACCGCGGGCAAAGCCGCUAACAGGAAGUAAACGAUGCAACAUCAGGCCAAUCAGAUGACAGUACAUCCAAAGGUCAAGACCCUGAGGAGGCGGGUUACGACCCCUGACCUUCGCCUUUGCACCCCCGACCGCGUCAAAAUGGAGAGGCGUUUGCGUGUUGGCAGUACACAUACGGCUGCAGUGAGUGCCCUCACUUACCAGCCAGUGCGUAGGGAACUGAUUACAGGCCACGAAGAUGGUAGCCUCAAGUUCUGGGAGGGAGACACGGGGAAACACGCGGAAACCGUGCAGCAUCACAAGGGAUGGAUAUCAGACCUUUACUACUGGCACGAGGGGAAGAUUCUGUUCUCGUGUUCCGUGGACGGUCAGGUGGUCCUGUGGUCAUCGUCCAACCAGCCCUAUGACAUCAUCCAGGUAGGAGAGCCUGUGUUCUGCCUGGCCUGGCUGUCGAGGAAGAGUCUACUGCUGUUUGGGUCAGGGAAAGGGCUGGGUGCUCUCAGGAAAUCUGGGAAGUUGGCUGCCAACGGCCUCUCACUGCUAUCCCACAGAGUUGCUUGGGUUCCCGGCCACACUGGAAUAGUUCGCUGUCUCAACAUUGCUGGGAACAAGAUCUACAGUGGAGGAUAUGACAAGAAACUGGUGGUUCAAGAGGUGGUUUCUUUGUCAGGAGAUGGAGAGAUCCCACUGAAGAUUGUCCGAGAGAGGGAUGCUGCCCAUGAUGCUGGUGUCACUUGUCUUACUGUGGCCAAGGACACUGAUGGUAGCUCUUGGUAGGUCCCCUCACUCCCUACAUCAUUAAUUGCUCAUUUGCAGUUAGACUGAAAGACUGCUCAAAUUCUUUUGACAAAGGCUGUAGAUGUUUCAUUUGGUGUUGGGCUACCCUGCAAGUGUAAACUUGUGUGUUGGUGCUGGCUGGCUUUACCCUCACACAAAUACUUUACUUGGUUUAAGUCAGGUGGUGAGUGGUUCGUUCGACAAGAAGGUAAAGCUUUGGACAGGAGAUGGGAAGCUGGUUCACAUCAUACAGUGCAGUGACACUGUGACAGGGCUAUGUUACGUGCCUCAGACCAUGGUCCUGUGGGUGGCUGCAGGAACCCCUCUACCUCUGCUCUACGAGCCCAAAUCUGGAGACAACGUGACGGACUAUGCCCCUAUCUUGAAUACCACCUCUGCCACGCUGCAUACCAACAGGGAAAGCACGGUUCAACUGCUAAAGUACAUCCCUGAGACCAGUGAAGUUAUUGGCUCCACCAAGCUGAAGGGGGUCAUCUGUUGGAGGUACAACCCCACCUGCUCUGUCUGCUGCCACCACUCCCCCUCCACCUCCUCUCAUGUGGAGACCCUCACCUUCACUUCCAAGGUGCCCAUCCUCAUAUUCUCAGGUGGCUUCACCGGGGAAGUGGUGAAAUGGGAGCAGCUUCAACUCAACUCAUUCUUGUACAGUGUGGAUAGCCUGAGCUACAAGGAGCCUCUCAUGAAGGCAAUAGAGUCAGAGGAAGAUGACGGGGGAGGUGGUGGUGGUGGAGGGAGAGGGAGGGCGGGGAAGAGGAGAGGGAGUGAGGAAAUGGCGGGCAUGCCAAGAGAAAGGAAAAUUGAAGCUAUGAAGGGGGAGAACAGAGGGUUUGUGUCGAGUCUGUUUGUGGAGAGUCUGGAUCUGCUGGUGGCCUCAUCUCUGGAUGGGACAAUCUUUGUGUGGGGCAACGACAAGAGGACAGUGGAGGUCCUGGAGGAGAUGCAGAGGAACUCUGCUUCAGAGACCAGCACCACUGACACUGUGGCUGGUGAUAGGGAGUCCAGCAACCAUGUACAGCAGGAGUCGUCCAGCAAUGUCAUCACUCGAGUGGCUGGGUUCACAUGCCUCCAUGUUCUCCGGAGUCACACUGGCUGUGUUGAGGCUCUCGCUGCAGUGGAGGACUGGACUGAUGGAAGAACAUACCUGAUAUCUGGAGGCUGGGAUCUGACUCUUAAUUUGUGGGACCUCUCCACUGGCAGGCUAGUGGGUAGUCUAGGGGAGAGUGUCCCUGAUCGUUACCCGUCCCACCCCAACCUUAUCAUCACCUCCCUGGCCUUCAGUCCUCCCAGGAGAAAAUUUGCCUACUCUACAUCGGAUGGCCAGGUGUUUGUGAGGCAGUUUGCAGUCAGCCCCGACGACUGGGUCCUGGUGAGGACACUGGAUGGACACACUGCUGAGGUCACACAGGUGUGCUGGAAUGGAGUGAGCGGUCACUGGGUCACAGGGUCAUCUGACUGCACUCUCAGACUCUGGGUCGGCCAGAAGAAGGAGAAAAAAGAUAAAAAGGAAGAGGAGAAGGAGGAGAUGGAGAAGGAAGAAGAAGAAGAAGAAGAGGAGGGGGAGGAGAUGUGUGUGUCAGCGGGUGAUCCAAUCUCAGUGGUCUGUGUGGACCAAACCACCGGCCACAUUGUGGCUGGAGCACAGAACAACCUGAAGGUGUAUAACAGAGACCUGGAGCUCCUGCAGGUCAGUAGAGGUCACACUGACUCCAUCAGGACACUCAUUCACAUUCCUGACAGAAAACAGUAUGUCACAGCCAGCUGGGAUGGGACUGUGAGGUUCUGGAGAGCUCACCACUAGCACCUGCUACACCUACCACUGCCUUUACAAUGGAGAUCACUUAGAGAAAUAUGACUGUUUCCCCAAACUAUACUGCGGUCUGUAACACCUUAGUUCAAUCUUCACUUUUUAGUGGUUUUUAUACAUUUUGGUACAGAGUUUUUAUUUCUUGAAUGGAGAAUAGUGAGCUUUGGC